AUGAUUACGAUUCCUAAUACCUUUUACUGGCUUUGCGGUAUAGUGAGUGGUGCCGGUCUUAUUUAUGUGGCACAAUAUAUAUACAACCGAAAACCAAAAUAUGUUAAGAAACGAACUGAACAAAAUUCUAGUUCAAACUUAAUAAACCUCCUUUAUUCGAUUUCUGACGACCAAGCAAAAAGAGGUUAUAACUUUGUUCUUCAAAACCCUAUUAGAGGAGUUCGUUAUAAAUGUGCAAACUGUGUCGACUAUGAUCUAUGCGAAUUUUGUGAACAAAAAGAUGACGUACAUCUUAAUCUUCACACCUUUUUGAAAAUAAAAAUUCCUAUUCCAUCAUUGGCUAAUCCAAGAAAAGCAUUACUUAACGUAUUUUAUCCAGGUGUAGGUCAAGGUUCCCAUACACAAUUUACGAGUGUUCAAAGAAUACGUGAUUUAGUGAAAGAAACACAAUUUCAAAAAGCAGAAAUUGAUGCACUUUAUGAUCAAUUCAUGUCUUUGGUGAAUGUUCAUGAUGGUCAGGGUGGUAUCGAUCGAUCUACAUUUGAAUAUUGUCUUGGACCAUUAGGAAUUGAGAAGAAUUUACUUACUGAACGAUUAUGGAAAUUCUUUGAUAAGGAUGAAGAUGGAAUAAUUAGUUUUAGUGAAAUGGUUUGUGGACUUUCGGUUUUUUGUAAGGGAAGUGAUGAAGAUAAGAUCAAAUGUGCAUUUAAAGGUUAUGAUCUAGAUGGCGAUGAAUUAAUUAGUAAAGAUGAAAUUCGUAAAGUUUUUAAAGCAUACCUUGAACUCAAUCAUGAAUUUACUAAAGAAUUGAUUUCAUCAAUUGAAAACGAUUUAACCAAUAAUCAAAUAUCAUUUGAUUUGUCACUCGAGAAUGAGAUUAAUAAAUGUUUCAAUCAAAAAAGUUUUGAAGAACUUUCAAAUUUUCCUGUAAUUGAAUUGUUGGGUGAAGAAGCUCUCAAUGAAAUUGUUGAUAAAAUAUUUAAUAAUAUUGAUACUUACGGAAAAGGAUUUAUUUCAUAUGAUGAAUUUAAGGAAUAUUCACAAUCUAUUGAUAUGUCCUUGGUAAACUGGUUUGGAGCUUUAGGCAGUAUAUUUUAA